AACCGGAGAGGGGAGCGAGGCGAGAGGGAGGAGAACUAACUGCCCAGCCAGUUUGCGUCACUGCCUCUCAGAGCAGAGAAGAGCGAGCAGGGGAGAGCGAGACAAGUUUGAAGGGGAGGGCAGGCAGAGUCAGCAGCCCCCGAGGCUCUCCUCUCCCACCGCCCAUCCCUUUCCUCUCUUCUCCCUCAGCCUCUCUCUCUCUCUGCCCCAUAACUUUUCUCCCGAAAACCCCCUACCUAGCCAAAGGAAGGAGGUAAGGGGAACCCUCUCCCCUCCCCCCUCCAAAACCCCCCAAUUUUCCAGUCCGGAGAAAGCAGGGAGCGAGCGGGCACCCGGCUGGCCAUGGAGCUGCUGUGCUGCGAGGUGGACCCGGUCCGCAGGGCCGUGCCGGACGCCAACCUGCUCUACGAUGACCGCGUUUUGCAGAACUUGCUCACCAUCGAGGAGCGCUACCUUCCCCAGUGCUCCUACUUCAAAUGCGUGCAGAAGGACAUCCAGCCCUACAUGCGCAGGAUGGUGGCCACCUGGAUGCUGGAGGUCUGUGAGGAACAGAAGUGUGAAGAAGAGGUCUUCCCUUUGGCCAUGAAUUACCUGGACCGCUUCUUGGCUGGGGUCCCAACUCCUAAGACCCAUCUGCAGCUCCUGGGUGCUGUCUGCAUGUUCCUGGCCUCCAAGCUCAAAGAGACCAUCCCUCUGACAGCAGAGAAGUUGUGCAUUUACACCGACAACUCCAUCAAGCCUCAGGAGCUGCUGGAGUGGGAGCUGGUGGUGUUGGGGAAGUUGAAGUGGAACCUGGCGGCUGUCACUCCUCAUGACUUCAUCGAGCACAUCCUUCGCAAGCUGCCCCAGCCCAGCGAGAAGUUGUCUCUGAUCCGCAAGCAUGCGCAGACCUUCAUUGCUCUGUGUGCUACCGACUUUAAGUUCGCCAUGUACCCGCCAUCGAUGAUUGCAACUGGAAGUGUGGGAGCUGCCAUCUGUGGGCUCCAGCAGGAUGAGGACGUGAGCUCGCUCACUGGUGAUGCCCUGGUAGAUCUGCUGGCCAAGAUCACCAACACGGAUGUGGACUGCCUCAAAGCCUGCCAGGAGCAGAUUGAGGUGGUGCUGCUCAACAGCCUGCAGCAGUUCCGUCAGGACCAGGGGGAUGGGUCCAAGUCGGAGGAUGAACUGGACCAGGCCAGCACCCCUACAGACGUGCGGGAUAUUGACCUGUGAGGAUGCAGUCGGGCCGAAUGGGAGAGACGUGUUCACAUCUGCUCUCUCCUCUCUGGUUGUGUUUUGUUCUUUAUGUUUUAGGAUGAAACUUAAAAAAAAAAAAAAAAAUUCUGCCCCCACCUAGAUCAUAUUGAAAGAUCUUUUAGAAGUGAGAGAAAAAGGUCCUAUAUAAAUGGAAUAACUAAAAGCAUUUGGUGCCUAUUUGAAGUACAACAGAAGGGAAUCCCUUGUAUAUGCGAACAGUUAUUGUUUGAUUAUGUUAAAAGUAAUAGUAAAAUGCUUACAGGAGACCCUGCAGAGUAGCUAGAGAAAAAUGUACGCCUGCAAAUAUGGGAACAAAUUAGAGGAGGCUUUUUUUUUUUUUCAUGUUAUGAACUAGCACGUACACACCCCUUUUAGGAUAAUUUCAAGGAACUGUGUGUGCCAUUUAUGGCGUCAUUAGAUUGCGAAGCAAUGAACUCAAGAAGGAAUUAGAAAUAAGGGACAUGAUGGAGGGAGGGAGGACAAAACAAUCUGUUAACGCGGUCGAACCAUUUUGGACGUGGAAGCACCUUUGCUCUCGACCACCUGUUUGUCACUAAGUCAGGAGCAUAGCUGAAUCUCUAGUUGCGAACUCUUGCUGUCUACAGUAGCUGCUACCUAAAAGAGAGGUUUUAUUUUGCCAGUCGGACGCAGGUGAUGGGGUCCUGGGUUUCACGUGUCUUUUUGACAUCAUGCUUCUUCUUCCAAACAUGGUUCGUGGCAGACACCACCGUGUUUUUAUCAAAAGGGGCAAUUUCGCUUUGGGCCAUAACCAAAACUCCUAUGAAAUGGAGGCAGAUGGAGACCGAGGGUGGGAUCUGGAAUGGAAUCUUUUCUCUUAAUGUAUUGAAGAGGGUAAUGUGACCUUGGCAUCCUUUAUUAAAAAAAAAACAACUGAUUUUUGGUGCUGAUUGGCAUGUCUGGUCCACAGUUUAGCAUUGUUAUAAACCAUUCCAUUCGAAAAGCACUUUGAAAAAUUGUUCCUGAGGAAUAGAUGGGAUGGUUUAUGCAAAUCAUGCUGGAUAGACUCCUCCCUUGUCCUGUGCCCCUCCCCCUCCAGCCCUCAGUCAGGUGACUAUUCACUUCUGGUAUCUGACAUUCUUUGGUACACAGUUCUGGUAUCCCUACCAGGACUCAAGAGACACCCCUUUCCACCAACAUCCCUGUCACAACAUUCCUCCAUAAAGCCUACAAACAAAAAGCUGUUACAUUUUGAUGGCACAGAAGGAUCUGAAUUCCCACCUAUAUACUUCUCCUUUGGACAUGGAAAGAAAAGUUAUUGCUGGUGCAGACAGACAGCUGAAUAUGAAUAUCAGAGUGUGGCAUUGUGUUCCCUUUUCCGUUUUUUGUUAAUUUCAUUGCAAAGUUGUAUUCAGCGUACUUGAAUUUUUUUUUCCUCUCCACUUCUUGGAGGCAUUCAGUUAGCAAAGAGGUUGGAGCAACAACUUUUUUUUUUUUUUUUUUGCACAAUUAUAAUUGACAGGUAAUGAAGCUAUUAAAAUAUUUGCCUUUUUGAGUAAAAAAGAAAAAUCAGAACAGGGCUGCUUUGAAGAAUUAUUUUAUACACAGAUUCUGCCUUGUUUCGUAGUAUGAGGGUUGAAGAUGGAGAAAAAUCUAAGGGUCUCUUAUUUUUCAUUUUAUUGUGUUCAGUUUUUUAUUAUUAUUUUUUUUUUUUGCGCUGCUAAGAAGCUAAGAUCAUUCAUCCUUAUUCACAUUAACAGUACCUAGCUGUAAUGUUUCACAGAGUGUGCUGCUAUUUUAUAAACAUUUUUAUAAUAUAUUAUUUUACUGCUUAAAUCCCAAGUCCUGAAGUAGAUGGUUGAGAUAGGAGUUCUUCGUACUGGAAAAGCCCUUCCAUAGUUUAUUUUCUUCUGGUAGCGUAUUCAUGGUUGGUUUUUUUUGUUGUUGUUGGUUUGUUUUUUUUUUUUUCCAUUUGGGUUUUUUUUUUUUUUUUUUUCCCCUCUCUCUCUCUCUGAUCACAUUCUUCAAAGACAGAACAUUCUUUACCUCAGGUUUACUGGACAAAAUCAAUAGCUACAAAAGAAAAUGAUUCACAUUUUUGUUUUCAUAAUACCUCACAGCCGCAUAGUUUCUGCUUGGGAGCCGUUAGUGUGGGGAAAGAAGUUGGGGAGGAGGCUUCAAGCCCCUCUCAGUGGAGGGUUGGGUGGUUUUGGGUCCUGGGUCUCACACCCAGGGACCUUUUCAGUCAUGAAGGUCAUCAGGCUUCCAUUUUGACUCCGGUAUCCUCAUCAUGAUGGAAAAAAUACAAUUGAACCAAGGGAUUUCCCUUCCCCCUUCCCCCGCAAGGCAGACAUUCAGCAAAACCUUUAUGCAGUGAACUAGGAAGUCAUAAUUUGCACUUAGGUACCAGGUAUCUGGAGACAGAUUGAAAAGAAUUCCAGCAGGCUAUUUGGAGACCCUCAUCUUGUGGCCCUUUCAUAAAGCAGGGCUUUCAUCUGCUUAGGGUCCUUUCAUCUUGAAAGCUUCCCCUCUAGCUUUCCCCUUCCCUGACAUGGGCAUCCCCAGUGUAGGAUAAUCUCAGAGGCUCUUCUAGAUCUGAAUCUGUGGGCAUGUGAAUCUGUGGGGGUUCCUUCUCCCCUACCUGUCUCAGACUGCGGCAGGCUGGCACUAUGCACAGCCAGCCCCUCUGCUGAGUGGCACUACAUGGACUUCAGGUUUUAAAUUGCAUUGAGUUGGCAAGAUUGGGAAAAUAGGUCAGAUAAGUAUUGGAUUGGUAGUGGAAGGGAGGUGGAGAGGCUGUGUCUCUACAGAGAUGCCAUUCCAGAGGAGUCAGUCUCUCUUGAAGUAUGUUUGGAAGGGUUCAGGAUUUGGUGAGUUAGCAUGACCCUAAAAUUCUAGGGAGUUUCUGGUAGGGCGGUGGGUUGUGAAUUCUGAAGUUUUGGAGAGGAAAGCUGAGCAGCCAGUGUUUUGUCAAGAGCUCACUUUGCACAGGAUACUCUUUGGGGCUGUGAGGAGUAACACGGGAUGGAAGGAUACGUGGUCCCUAAAGUCCUUGGGAGUAUUGGAGCCUAAAGAAAGCGAGGUAUGAAGUCACUUAACAGUGACUGUCCCUGGCUCAAACAGAAGCAGCAAAUGAGAGAACCUGAUGAAUAAGGAAGGGAACAGGCCUGCAGACUCUCCCUGCAGUCUGUAACUUCCUGGGUGCCACUGGGGUGAUCUUUUUCUCCUUCUUGCCCUCGGGGCCUGGUGUGAUGGGAGGUGUGGUGUGGCUGAUGGGGAAGGUGCUAGUUUGUUUGGCUUUUCUGCCUGCUUCCUCCUUAAAUAAAAGAAGGAAGCCUGGAUUUGUUAAAGUAGCUGAUGCCCUCUCCUUAGAUCUUGGUUUCCUUGGUAGGAGUUUUUAUGUGACGGAGUUCAGCUCUCCCCCACAGAUUUUUUUUUUCCUCUUUCUCACCUCCCACAAAUGGGGUUCCAAACCUAUUGGUCUUUUUCUACUUUGUUGUCUUUCUAUCUGUUCUUCCUCCUCUCUGUUUCAGUUUUCGGUUUUUUGGUUUUUUUUUGUUGUUGUUGUUGUUUUUUUUUUUUUUUUUUUUUUGGUCAUUGCUAUUACUGUUUUUCUCCAUCAGUGGGGGCUAAGUUGUUCCCCUAGCCUGCCAAAUUUUAUUCCCUCCCCUAGUUUGGCCAAAUCCCGGGGGCGGGGGAGAAAUCCUAGUAUGCCAAAAAUAUAUGCUAAGCAUAAUUCAAUUCCAUGCAGGUUUGUAACAGCCAAGAAGCCCUGCAGGGUGGAAGCUGGGGACAGGUCCCCCAGUAGAAUGCCUUCCCGUGUUGAGAGGAGGGCUCCUCAGAGCAAGGAACUUGUCUUAGGGGAGGCUUUAUUCUGGAACUGCCCUAGGACCCCACUGAAGAGUUCACCAUGUCUUAAAGCCAGAUCCCCUUUGGUCUAUGUGCUCUGUACAAGAGGUGGGUCAGGUAAAGCAACCCUCACGCUGUCGUCCCUUCGCCAGCAGGAUGGGCUCCUCUUCAUGGGGAACUGUCGCUUUCCUGCGGUCUGGCACCCUUGGGGCCUUCUACACUACCCCAGGGGCUCUGGGGAUGAGGUUAAAGAGCAUUAGGCAGGAUUGGAUGACUUUCUCAAAGAAGGUGGGGGGAAUUUUCUCUCCAUGGGCCAUAGGGGGCAGGGCUGGGAGAAGAAAUAGACUUGCACCUUAUAUCAUGUAAAUAAUGAUUUUCUAGUUCAAGAAGAUAAUAUUGGUAGUGUGGGAAUGGGAGGGAGGAAUGGGGAGGAAGUCUGAGUAAGCCAGUUGGCUUCUAAGCCAAAAGGAUUCCUCUUUGUUUAUCUUUGAGACAGUCCAACCCUGAGUAUAGCUUUAAAAGGGAAAUUAGUGCUGAGACGGUAAAGUCCCCUUAAGCCAACAAACUGUAGCUAUAGAACGAGUGAGCGCAGGCUUCUAGUGGUGUGGGCUCGGAGCAGUUUUUAAGAGCUACUCGUGCUGUCGUCCGUUUGUACAAAAUAGGGCAGGAAGAUUCAGGAGGAGGUUUAUGACUUUCUCAUACCACGUGGCUUUUCACGGUUCUGGAUUCUAAACAGCCCAGAACAGUCCUUUCAGCCAGACAUUUGUGUGUCUCUGCUUUUAGACUUGGCUGGACUAUCAGACCCGAUUCUUGGCUCAGGUUUCAAGAAGCCAUCAGCAACUGUAUCCGUGCACACUGUAGCUGCAGCAUGCCUUCCUCUGCCUGCAGCCUACUUUGGGGAAAAAAAGUGCCUUACUGACUGUAGACAUUACAGCAUCCAAUGUAUUUUGACAGGUGCCUGUCCUUUAAAAAAAAAAAAAAGUUUUGUUUUGUUUUGUUUUGUUUUUGUUUCUUUUAAUUGGGUUUUGUUCUUACCGUUGGCCAACUCUUAAAUCCCCAGCAAAUCACUGGGCCAUUGGAUUUUUUCCAUUAUGUUCAUUACCCUUGUACCAUGUACCUCAGAUCUCUUUCUCUCUCAGUUACAGUUUCUCGUCUUGGACUUCUUUUAUUAUUAUUAUAAUUUUUUUUUUUUUUUUUUUGCUUUAAAAUGAGUGUGAUGCCAUAUCGAGUCAAUGUUAUUCUCUCACAAUGUACUCUAUAAGAGGUGUGGGUGCUUAUUUGGUCAGGAUGCUAGCAAGUGCUAAAGUAGCAUGAUCAGUAUAAACAAAAGGUUUUUUAGGAAGUGUGGCAAAAGUGUUUUCUUGGUUAUGAUGGUGACAUGGUAUAGUCAGCUGCCUUUUAAGAGGUCCUGUCUGUUCAGUGUUAAGUGAUUUUUAAAAAUAAUGGCCUGUUAUUUUGACUAGCUUAAAGAUGGAUUUGCAAAUGGUUUUGGAUGCAAUUAGGUUAUGCUAUUUGGACAAUAAACUCACCUUGACCUAAA